AUCCCGCAUAACAUGUCAUUCCUCUAUUCCUGACCGAUGCGUGACAGAAACAGAAGUUCGAACUUCGAAUUUUUUUGUUAUGAAAUGUCAAAAUCAUCAAUCAGCUGAUCGGAAAAUAAUAUAGUUUAAAUUUCAAAAUAAAAGGACACGAAACAUGUGCAUCCUAUUCAUGUACAAUGGCAACAACGAUUCAAGGAGCGACUACAGUUUGAUCCUAGCCUCGAACAGGGACGAAUAUUAUGACAGGCCCUCGCAAAACAUGGGCCCCUGGAUGGAGGACCCUAACGUGUUUGGAGGUCGUGAUUUGGAAGUAGACGAGGGAGGGACCUGGCUAGCGUUCUCACCUUUACGGAAGAAAAUGGGCGUUCUUCUAAACUUGCCAAGCCCCAAGAAGACGGAUGCUAAAAGUAGAGGCAAAAUCGUUGCGGACUUCGUAAAGAACGACAAACCGAUCAAAACCUACGUUGAACAAAUGAAAUCUUACGCUCACAACUGCAAUGAAUUCGUUUUCGUAAGCAUUGAAUUUAAGAACUCGCUCCCAUUAAUAUCUACAUACAACAACGCGAACGAUCAGCUAGUCACCCACAGGGACCCGUUCAUGGGGUUUAGCAACAAUCUACCAGAGAAACCGCUGAAGAAGGUCGAGGCUGGUAGGAACAAGCUGCAGCAGAUCGUCAGCACCUUCAACAAAGUGUGUACGCAGGACGAGCUCAUCGAUAGACUGAUUGAUCUUCUGAAAUGGGAAGAAAGCCACCUUCCCGACCACCAGUUGGAAACUAGGCAACCGAAUUUGUAUAAGGAGCUCAGCUCUCUGUUUGUUCGCGUACCUCAGGGACGAUACGGAACCAGAACCCACACGAUAGUGCUGGUAACCAAAUCAGGACAUAUGAAUGUAAUUGAGAUGACCCUGGUCUCGCCCAUCGACCCAGAAAACCCAAAAUGGACCAAAACUGAAUACCAAUUCGAUAUGCAAAUGAAAUAAAAUAUAUUAUGUUGACUGAAUAAA